AUGAAUGCAACGAAUGUAACAAGACCGACUGGUCCACUGACAUUACCAAUAGUUUUACGUCGAAUCAUAAUUUACAGUAUUAUAGUUGCUAUCACCGUUGGUACUAAUUCGCUCGUUAUUUAUAUUAUUGCUACAAAGAAGAGAUUAAGAACGGUCUCCAAUGGCCUGAUGAUUAGUAUGUUUGUCACAGGAAUUUUAUUUGCUGUCUUGUAUAUUUUACCUCGAUGGAUUUAUCCGUAUUGGACUCAUUCACCAUUUUUAUGCUCGAUGCUACCCUACACUGGGGUUUGCUUAAUUGUAUGUUCUAAUCUCCAUCAAUGUGCCAUCAGUUUGGAUCGAUUUUUACGUGUUUCAUUGCCAUUCUCUUAUAAUAAUGUUGCUAGAAAACGCUAUGCUAUCGUCGUUAUUGCUAUUAUUGUUAUAAUUUCUGUUAUAUCUGGGUUUUUCCUAAAUAUUUUUUACGGUUUCUAUCAUGGCGAUGUUUGCUACGUUGUUUUUACACAAAGAGAAAUUUUCAUUUAUCGUAUCUAUUUGAUCGUCGUUUAUGCAUCGUUAUUCUUUGCACCAUUAGCUGUCAUUUUUGCAACUUAUAUUAGAAUAUUUAUUAUUAUAAAUUCGAAAUCAAGGCAAGAAUUAUAUUACAAGCGCAGCCGACAACCACGUUCGACAUUACAGAAAAAUUUAAAAGCAGCUAAACAAGUAGCUAUGAUGACGGGCGUUUAUUCUCUUUGUUGGUUUCCUUUUAUGAUACUAACUUUUGUUUCAGCGAUAGCUGUUUUUAGUGGUAGCGCUUCCCAGACAGCCACAACACUUCUUGAAGCUUUUCAAUAUCUAGCUUUUAGCUACCAUGCUAUAAAUCCGCUCCUUUAUGCCUUUAUAACAGCUAGCGUAAAUCAAGCAUUAACGAAUUACUUCAGGCAAAUUUGUAACUUGCCUGCUUCAGAUCAACGUGAUUCAAGAUCUUAUUCCACUCGAUCUUCUUUUAUACGUUCCAAUAGUAUGGAUUUAGCUAGUCAAACAAAACUUCGUUCUAAUGGUCAGGUCAAGAAAUCAUCUUCGAGUCAUCAGCUAUUUGAACAAAAUCAAGAUCAAGUUUCUAAUGAAAAGCAAGAAAUUGAAAUGCUUUAG